GAGGUUUGGGGAAUACUGUAGUUCCUAGUCGGCUAUAAAACUGAUAAUUUUAAGUCUUAACUUUACAAAAUUAAAGUGUUUUAGUGAACUUUGGCCCAGAUUUCAGGAUCCUGCUAUUCUUGGAGUCUCCUCUAGAUGUCCCUGAAUGACUUUUAUCAGUUCACCACAGUUUUAAAGACGUCUCUGCUGAAUCAACAGGAUGGUAUGAUCAAUAAAUCUCAGGUAUGAUCAAUAAAUCAUAAAUCACAGAUUUCUUAAUUUUCUUUCUCUUGUUGCACAAACUUUAACAGAUCAGAUAGAUAUUCACGGCUGGAUCCUCUUUAAGACCAAAUUUAUUAUAUAAAGUUUGUUUUUUAAGAUAAAGUCAUUAAAUUAGUGAGGAGUUCAGAGAGCUUUGGUUAUUCUGUGUAAUUAUAAUCAUAUACAUAAUUAUCUCCAGUCCUUCAACUAUAACAUAUGAAACAUGUAUUUAACACUCAUGUUUAUAUAUUAUCUUAUUUUUUAACUCCUACAUUUCUUCAUCCUGUAAUUUCUCUCUUUUUAUAUUGAUAUGCUGCUGAAAUUUGGGACGAAUUAAAGGAAUAUUUCAUCUUUUUAUUAUCAAAGUGUCUACAGUUUGAAGAAACAAAGACAUUAGAGAAAUUAAAGGAUGAAUAAAGUUAGCUAACUAGCGUUAAGUAAACAUCCGGGUACUUUGCGUUCCCGCCUCCUUCUGCUGUUUGUGUCACGUGACUUUAUUUUACCUGAGAGGUGGGUUCACCUGUAAGUGUGACUUUAUGUAUUUGUAUCUGUACGUCUGUAUUUGACACAUAAGAACAGACAAAAAAGGUGCAAAGAUGAAGUUUAUUAAAAACACAUGAAAAUAUUCAGUAAAUAUUCAUUAAAUAUUCAAUAAAUAUUCCUUAAAUAUUCCUUUUACUCUUGUGUAUUUCUGUGUUACCAGAGCAGCUACUUUGAUUUAUGAAAAUGUAUUUCUAUUAUCAUUAUCACAUAUAUCUGCUUUAUAACUGUCAAACUGUUUUAAUGUUUUAUUUCCAUCAUCUGUGAGUCGUUAUUCUCUGCACUGACACUAACUCUAAUAUUGGGUUCAUGUCUCUGAGAGUUAAAGCAGAAAGAGCUGAAAUCUCCUCAGUCUUAUUGUUGGACAGUUUUACAGACAAACGGGUCAUUUAUCAGCUAAAGUCAAACUCAGUCAGUGAAAUUCACUCAUUCACUCUCUGUUGUCCAUAAAGGGACAUGGAGGAGGACAGGAUCCGGUAAACAUGACACAGCCCGUUUUUUUCCAGGUUUCCGGGGUAGAGUCGUUUUCACAGAGAUGUGAACACAGAGGAGCGGAGUCUCUGAGGAGGAACCAGCCGAGGAUCACUCACUGUCCCCGGUCAGAAAACACACGGAGAGACGGUGACAGAGGAGCACCAUCAGAGGACACGGUAAGACAACUUUCACCUGAUUCCAGCUGAUUUGAGUGAAACUAACAAACAUUAAAGUCAAACUAGUUUGUGUUUGUUCGUGUUGACACACGUGUGCAGACAGGCUGGUCGUUCCGUUUGUGUUUGUCGCGAAAUCAAGAGUUUCGUAGCGAAACUUCCUGAAAAAUGACAUUAAUUUUUCUCCUUUUCUUCUGUAAGUGAGAAGAUGUGAGUUCGUCUGUAAACUUUGUUCAGUGACCUGCUGGUUCAGGGUUUUAAUCUUCUUUCUUUGACAUGAGUUCAGACUUUGCUGUUGAACACAGAAGAUAUCAAACAUUUUGGCAGGUUGUCUCUCCAAUUUCAACAUCUUUUCUUUCUUUCACAACCAUGUUUUCUACUUCCACUUCACUUCACAGGAACUCUUACAAAACCAGGUUUCCUCUAUUCUUAGGAAACUCAGAGUCUUUCAAUGAUGUGAAGUUUUCUGUAUAACAGUAAAAGUGACCAAAACCACAGUGACGCCUAAAUGACUGUGUGCAGCUACAAUACGGCUCUGAGUCUGUUCUCCUGGAUUUAAUGGUAACGGUGGUUUUAAAUAGAUAUUUACUUUACUGCCUCAAUGUUAGCUCAGUGUAUUUACCACGCUAGGGCAGAAAGAAAACGAACCUUUGAACAAACACAACAGUCAUCAUUAAAUAUCAACAACUGAGAUUCACUCUCUGUGGUUGGAAAACAGACCAGAAGACUCAAUGAGAGAUCAACUUCUGCAGCAGUGAAAAUCUGAGAGGGAAACGUCUGAAAACUCCAGAUAUCGAAAAACGGAGAUUUGGUCGGAAACAAAAACACUUAAACUUCUUAAAACCAGGAUUUCCCAGACAUGCGUCGCCUUAAAACCAGCAGAAUAAGAAUCAUGAAGGUCCUUAUUUCCCAGGCGGAUGUUUUCUGUCUUCUUUGUUUGUAUUUUUCAUUUUAAUUAUAAAUUUAUUAUCUGUCUCAUGAAGCUAAAGUGACAAAUUCUUGUGUUACAACUGCAACCAGUAAAUAAGACGAUCAGUUUAAUUAGACAUCUCAGAGAACGAGCUGAUGCUCCUGUGAUUGAUGACUUUAAUAAUAUGUGUGUGUGUGUGUGUGUGUGUGUGUGUGUGUGUGUCUGUGUGUGUGUUUACUCUGCAGUUAUUCAUUACCUAGGUGUGAUGGUGAGUGUGCUGCGUGUUACCAUAACAACAGCAGGAACAGGUAAUCUCCAGAUAUCUGUCCACAAACAAGCUUCUGUUUUCUCCCGACCUCAGACUGAAGAAGUCAAACUCAGAGAUUUCAGAUAUAAUCUCAUAAUCUGUCGUAGUUUUUAGAUAAUUUAAGUUAGUUUAAACAUUUAAGGUCAAUAAUCUAGAUUAUCAGAGUCGGUUAGUCCGCUCUGUUUCUGUGAACUGCUGCUCAUGUUUAAGCAGACGGCGUGCACGGCUGUGGUGACACAAGACCCUUCUGGUUGAUAUUUGAUCAUUGCACACACGUCAGAGCACCUGAAACGUGCACAGAAGAAUGACUUAGAGUCUGCUGGCAACCAGGAAUCUGAAGAAUUUCAGAGCUGCAACCCUGCAACUCUGCAACCCUGCAACCCUGCACAUGCACGACUAAAAAUAAACCCAGAGUGUUACGGUUCUGGUAAACGGCCCUCGGCUUAGUUUAACUGCUGCAGAGUGAAGCCGAAGCUGAUUCUUUAAAAAAACAAAAGAGCUUCACUAUCAGGGUGUUUUCUCCGUAGGAAACGUUUCUGUGUUGAGAAAAGAAAGAAGUUUCCAGAGUUUUCAGGGAACAGGAGCUGAAGUCUGUCUUAUCUGUGGCCUUCAGGCAAAAACAAAAGAGACUGAACGUGAGAGAUAACGCUCAGGAGGAGCUAACAGCUGCAUAUAUGAACAUGUCGAGUCAUCCCCUCAUUUGUUUGUUUGUUUGUUCAUAUGGAGGGGGGGGCAUACAGUCCACACUCAGGCACAUACAGUACAUAUCACAGGGUCAGGACCUUCAGUUCAGCUGAGUACGUGCUCGCUGUAAAGCCCCUAAAGUGCACAAUAACCCGCCUGUUCAGAAACAGAAGAAAUUUCUGUUACUUUAGUCGGACUCUGGAGCGGACAGAGACACGGCGCUGCUCACACUCAGCCGCUGCAAACCUUCUCUCUUUUAGUCAGAUACGGCGGCAUCAAAAGCCGUAAUUUUGCAUCCUGCAGGUCAGCAGCCGAGUUUCUGAAACUGUUGAAAGAUUCGUUCAGAUUUUUAGUUUUGCAAGAAAAGGGACCGAAUGUCAGAAUCUCAUCUUGGCGUCAGUUUAGAUAACAGGGAAUGAAUGUAUUGAACAUUUAAGAUAUUUGAAGUCUGCAUACAUGUCCAGGAUUGAUGGUACAGGAUGUUGACAGACACCAGGAGGUCGACUUCAGCUCCUCUCUGUGUGUCUAAGGUGACUGAAACUUCGGUCUGUCGGCCUCGAAACACCUCGACAGAAACAAACUUCACAGAGACGACGGUCGUGUUUUCUGCCAUGUGUGAUCUCACACUUCAGUUUGUGUGAAAUACUUUAAUACGCUGAAUUUCCGUCUCUGGAUAUUUGAAGGUUGAAGUUGAAUGCACGGCACCUUUAGGAGGAAAUCAUGACAAAUGUUGUGGUUGUUCAACCAAAAGUAGAUUUUAGAGUUUGAGAAAAAUUCCUUCCAAAUAAAGAAAAAAACAGUGAAAUCUGUAAAAUCUGGAGCUGAGAUUCAUCAUGAGAAGGACAGUUAGAUCUCCUCGUGUCGGCUGAGACUGAAUGUUGGUGAAAACCCGACAGUGUGUCUCCUCAUAUUCAGGUGACAAUUUAAUUUGUUUUUUUAAUUCUGCAAAAAGGAAAUUUAUGGAAGUUUUUUCAGGUCACUUUUUACCGCCUAAUAAACAAAGAACCAUCUUCAUGAAAUCUGAAUUAAGAAACGUCAUUUUUCUUCUCGUCACACCGUUAACUAUUUUAUUUUUACUAAUGAAUUGACUUUUGUCUUAACCGUUUUAAUACUAACAUUGAUAAUAACAUUUACAGUCUUUCCUCUGAUGAUUCGUUCGUUUAAGUCUCGUCGUUCUGACUGGAUCAUCUCUCCGUUUGCAGCUUUAGUUUAAGUCAAAGAGCUGCUGUCAGGGUCGUGGCUUUUUCUCGUUCGCUUUGUUGUCAAAAGAAGAUACUGACUCAACAGACGUGUGUUUUCUGUCCCAGCUGAAGUUAAAACAUGAUAAAACGAAAGUGUGUGAGAUAAACUCAGUCCAAAGAAACUGUUUGUUCUCGCUUCAUCUCGUGGUCACCAAGAAUAAGCGUGGUCAUGUUUGAUUUUGGUCGUGUGGCGUUUCAGGAAUGUUUUUUUUUCCAACCUCGGCGUUUUAAUUUGUGAUUCACAAAACCUUCAUGGCGUUAAAGGGGAAGUUAAAGGGGAAGUGAAAGGGGAAGUUAAAGGGGAAGUUGGGCUUUGUCGGACGAGCUGUUUGUGGCUGACAGAGAGGUAAAGAUCAGGUUAUCAGUAAAAGCAGAAGUUCGGUUUCAUCACAAUCGCAGCGCGGUCGUUACUCUUCAAACACAAACUUAGAUUUUCGUUCGGAGUGGUUUCUUUAAUUAUUGUUCCUCUGUGGUCUGAAACCACAUCUAAACCUUUCAUCGCACAUGGCGCUUUACUGAGCCGCCUUCCUUCAGACGCCGUUUACUGCCAGCCUACGUCACACACGCCUGUAAAUCUCCUUCCUUCUAUUUCGGCCCCUCAGCCUCAUUCUUCAUCACAGUUCCUCUUCCUUCUUCUCGGUCCGUUCUCGUUUUCUCCUCAGAAAUGUCAGACAACAGUAAAACCAGCGCAGCGCCCAAUCCCAAACACAAACACGCUGCAGUUAUUCUUGGAGGAAUGCCCCCCGUGCUCCAAAUAAUCGUCUGGUUUGCAGGAUCAGUGACGAAUUACUGACGCAUGUUUGUGGUUUUACAGCCUGACUCGAGGGGCCGCGGCCUCGCCUCAGUUCCAGGAACCGUGGGAUUCUGACCCCUCACAGUGUCAGCUCUUCACUGGGAAGACAUCUUCAUGCGCUGUGGGAAACAAUGGGAAAUUUGCUGCUGAGUGUCCACAGCUGACCUUGACCACAAACCGCCUUACUUUGUACUUUCUAAUGGCUCCCAGCGGCCGCAUAUAUCGUGACUUCAAGAGCUUCAGGACAUCAACAGGAACUCUAUAGGUUUCAGGUUUUACAGAUGUCCUUCAGCACAGCGUGAAAUCUGCGCUUAUUUAUUUCAUACUAAAGUGAGAACAACUGAAAUUUUAGAUGUUUUAUGAGUUUAUUGUUUUCUGACCAAAGAAGCUAAAGUGGAAAUCCUGACUCACUGCGCCGCGUUCAAAACUUCAGGCUGAGAUUUGUCACCGUAUUUUAUUAACAGGAAAGGAAAAGCAGCGCCGUGUCGCCGUGUUCAGAUCGAACCUUCGGAUCAGUGCGACAUUCAAUGUGAGAGACGGCAGACGUUCAUAAACAGAGAAAACAGUCAACUGAGGAAUUUCUGUGUGAGACGACGACGACAACAACAACAACGACAACAACGACUACAACGACGACAACGUCAACGAUUACGACGACAACAACAACGACAACAAUGACUACAACAACGACGACGUCAACGACAAGAACGACAACAACAGGAACAACGACAACAACGACAACCACUACCACGAUGACGAAAACAACAAAACAACAACAACGACAACAACAAAACAACAGCGACGACGUCAACGAUCAUGACAACAACAGGAACAACGACAACAACGACGACGUCAACGAUUACGAUGACGACGACAACAACGACUACAACAACAACGACGUCAACGAUCACGACGACAACAACAACAACGACGACGUCGUCAACGAUCACAACAACAACAACAACAACGACGUCAAGGACAAGAACAGGAACAACAACAGGAACAACGACAACAACGACGACCACUACCACGAUGACGACAACAACAAUGACAACAACAAAACAACAACGACGACAACAACAACGAUGACAACAACGACAACAACAACAACGACAACAACAACGACAACAACAACGACGACGACAAGAACGACAACAACAGGAACAACAACAGGAACAACAACGACCACUACCACGAUGACGACAACAACAAUGACAACAACAAAACAACAAACAACGACGACAACAACAAAACAACAACAGGAACAACAACGACAACAACAAUGACCACUACCACGAUGACGACAACAACAAUGACAACAACAAAACAACAACGACGACAACAACAAAACAACAACAGGAACAACAACGACGACGACAACGACAACAACGACUACAACAACGACGACGUCAACAAUUGCGACGACAACAACAACGACAACAACAACGAUGACGUCAACGAUCACGACGACGACAAGAACGACAACAACAGGAACAACGACGACCACUACCACGAUGACGAAAACAACAAAACAACAACAACAGGAACAACAACAACAACAAAACAACAACAGGAACAACGACAACAACAACAACAAAACAACAACAAUGACAACAACAAAACAACAACAGGAACAACGACAACAUCAACAACAACGACAACAACACGGGCCAGUAAACCUGAAUCUGAUACUCAGACCUAAUUGAAGAACCGUCAGAUUUAAAGACUAAAAUGAAAAUCUACAAAAAACGUCUUUGGUGAAAUUUACAUGAAAAAUAAUUUUUAGAAGUCAGAGACGCGCUCUCGAGAAAACGGGGAUAAAGUUGAAUAAUGUCUCUGAUUGGUUAAUAAGAAUAACUUAUUAAUCAUGUAAAUUAAACCUGCAUGUAACGAUGAUGUUAACCUUUAAAAAGGACCAAAGGCUGGUGCUCACUUUACUGAGUUUCAGUUUAACAAGCUUCUUAGUCGUCAGUGAAAUUUGAUGAAUAAUAAAUAAAUUCUUGAAAACAUUUCUACUCCGUAAACGAGCGUUUGUUUUCUGUGAAGGACUCAGACAGGAUGGUAGAUAAGAAUACAGUAUGUUCAAACAGGAUUCAGUUUCAUACAUGUACGAUAGAUAACCACCUAACAACAACAACAACCACCAAACAUUUUCACAUCGAUCAUUUUCACGGGACUUUAAGGUCUUCAUGAGGACUUUAAUUUUUAGUCCGCUCCCUCCAUGUCGUCUUUAGGGUUAAAACUUUUGUCGAUGAAAAUCAUUUAUUAAGUUUGCUGUCGGCUGUAAUUCUGUUGACUAACGUGUGAGUGUAAAAAGGUGUAGAUCAAUGUUCCCGUUUGCGCCCUCAGCUGAAGUUUUUUAUUAUAUGAUUGAAAGUUUCCUAAAAACUCUUGGUGACUCUUUUUUUCUUCCUCCGUCUCUUUUUUUACUUGUUUUUAUUGACUUUGUCCUUUUGUUUGUCCCAGCAGAUCUUUAAUAAGACCUGAACGGUUGUUGUUGUUGUCUGUUCUUGUGUGACAGAGUUUUAGUCCCAGCAGCAAAGGAAGGUCGUUCCUACGAUUGUUGUUUUCCAGCAGCUCCCUCCUCCUGGUGUUGCUGGCGUUGAUUCACGGCGUUUUGCCCGAUAGAAAACAAGAUUUAACAGGAAUCUCUGCUCCUGCGUUGGAAUGUUUGUGGUGGGAACGUGGUUUUCCUCUUUAGGGGCAUGUUGAUGUGAAACAAGUGGAAAUUAAAAUAAAACAAGGAUCUGUUACUGGACGUCCUCCCAGUUGAGUUUAUAAUAAAAACUAAUCCGUCUUCGUCAGGUAAACAUUUACGUUCCUGUGCGUGUGAGACGUUUACACCAGGAGAUACAAGCCAGAGCAUGAAGAAGAGGGACGGACAACAGAGACAACGUUAUUUUAGUUUUGGCUGCUUGAUUUUCAUCCUAUUUCUGUUUUUUCACGGAUACUUCAGCAGUAAAAUCAGGAGUUCAGCUACAAGUCUAGAUCUUUAGUACAGUUUGGAGUAUAAGAAAAAAGGACGCCUCAUAUUUUAACUCCUGAUCUUAAACUAACAUUGAUGUGGUUCAUGAGCAGCAGGUCAGUUUGUUAUAUCUUUGGUUUAAUCUGUAGGAUUAAAUCUCUAAUCCUCCAUUAUUCACAGGAAACAUCGUUGACUUUGACAAAGUUUAGUUUCUGUAUCAAAACAUUUAUUUUUGAUAAGAGGGUAAAAACUUUAGAUUUAUCUCCUUUAGUGACAAAAGUGACUUUUGUUUCAUGAACUUUUAUAAAAUGAAAAGUGUUUGAUUUUAGAAACGUAAAGAAAGAGUUCAGAAAAGUUAAAACUCCUCAUUGAGCAGAAAAAACAGACGGAAUAAUUCGAUAAAUAAUCAGUCAAUGAAAAAGAUCUGGGGUCCGUUUCACGUAGCAGGUUUAGUGGAAACUCCGAGUUUGUUAACCCUGAAAUCAGGGAAACUCUGAGUUUUCCGUUUCACAAAGGAGGGUUAGUUAAACCAGGGAGAGAGGGGUAACUCUAACCUGUUUCACAAAGAGAGGUAACUCAACCUCGCGGUCAGUUACCACAGUAACAGACUCCGUGAACCUAACCUGCUCGGGAGCAGGUUUAACUCAGUAAACCCAGAGUUUCAGGUGAGACAUCGGCAUUUUCUCAUUUUGAUCAUGUUUUACAUUGUCAAGUAAGUAUUAAGUGGCAGUUUGAUCCCUUAGAAAAUGCUCUUUUCACACUCAAAACUGAAUUUUACUCUCUUAUUAUGUUCCGUUAAAUGAUUAGGAAUAUUAAACUAACACAAAAACAGGUGGUGGUCCAGCAGCCCCACCUUUAACGGAGGCAGAGGAGCUGCCCCCCACCCCCCAGUCCGACGAUCGCUGCUACGGGGUGGGGGUUGCGAUCGUCGAAGGGGGGGCAGCUCCUCUGCCUCCGUUAAAGGUGGGGCUGCUGGGCCACCACCCGUUUUUCUGGCAUCUGCCCUCUUUCUGUUUGCUGAGUGAAAGUCUAAUAUUGAGUGUAGUGUGUGUUAGUUUAAUAUAUGUACAUAUACAUACUGAGAGUUAGUUUAAUAUUCCUAAUCAUUUAACGGAACAUCAUAAGAGAGUAAAAUUCAUUUUUGAGUGUGAAAAGAGCAUUUUUAAGGGAUCAAACUGCCACGUAAUACUUACUUGACAAUGGAAAACAUGAUCAAAAUGAUUCAAGCAGUUUCCCUGCAACAGUCUGUCAUUGUGAUUGCACGAGACUAGAUUUAAAGUUACGCAUUGACGCGAGUGGCGAUUUCCUCCCAAGCCCUCUCCCUCUCCUUUGCAGCUGCUGCUGUAUUGCGCUUUCUUUUAAAAACGUGCUGUAAUUCGCUGUUGGCUUGCUGCUGCCCCCUCCUUCUCCCUGUUUCCAUUGGUUGAUCAUUGAAUCUGCGCUCCACAGAUGCUGGCUGUUUAUGUCUGGCGUGCACGUGCUUAACUCCAGGUCAAACUACUCGGAGUUGUUAAAACCGUCUCAAAUCAGGCGUUGUGAAACCGGAAACUCAGAGUUUCCUAACUCAGAGUAGAUCAACUCAGAGUUAAGGAUUUAACUCAGAGUUUGUUGAACCACCUACGUGAAACGGACCCCUGCUCUGUGUUUAAUCAGAAACUUUAGGAGAGUCGGCUUUUCAACAGUGAGCUGAAGAUGAUGAUGAUGAUGAAGAAGAGCAGGGUGGUCCCGUCCCAGUUUUUCAUCAUCUGACCUCAGAACCGGUCCUUUAAAGAGGUUCAGGUCCAUGAUUCUGGGUCCUGUUUACAUGGUUUUAACAAACCGUGUUCACAGACAGCGGGCUUUAUUCUUUUCUUUAUUCUUUUCUUUAUUCUGCGGUGAUUUCCACUGUGGAGUCCUCCUGUAACGUUAUCCUGAACUUCAUUUAUGUCCCUGAGUUCCUCACCUGGAGCAGAUAAACUGGACCAUGUUCGAGUUUUUCUGUCUCUGAUUUUCUGACGUAUUUUUGACUUGCUGCAGGAAUCCGUUUAAAAUCAACUUAAAAUCAAACGAGUUUUAAAAUUUUUUAACAUGUUAUAUCUGAAAAAAGUUCAAUUAGAAACGGGUUCUAAAUGAUAAAAAAAAAAACAUGAAUUUUAUUUUUUGUUUUAGUGUCCUGACUUUUUGGGAAUUGUUGUUUUUAUAUUUUUUAAAAAGCUUUUUAUAAAAAGUGAAAUAAAAACAAACCAAUCCUAAAAGCUGAUAAUGGCGUGGCUGGAAAUAAACGGACUCAUAGUUUUUACCUGUUUUUAUUUUAUUUUGGUUUUAACAAACCUUUCCUUUUUUAUUGACAUGCUGUUUUUAUUUUUCAGGAGUUCAGAGAUUCUGAUCACGUCUUCGCUUCAUUUUUGACAGAUGGGUUAAAAAUUUUAAAGAACAAACAGAAAUUUGUAUAAAAAAUCUAAUUUUAACGCAUUUAUUCCUCAAGACUCGACUAUUUUACAGAACUCAAAUUCAACUUUUACAACUUUUACAGUUUUUACAACUUUAACAAUUUUCUACAGUUUUUACAACUUUUACAAUUUUUACAGUUUCUACAGUUUUCACAGUUUUUACAACUUUUACAGUUUUUACAACUUUUACAACUUUUACAGUUUUUACAGUUUUUACAACUUUUACAGUUUUUACAGUUUUCUACAGUUUUAACAGUUUCUACAGUUUUUACAACUUUUACAGUUUUUACAACUUUUACAGUUUUUACAGUUUUUACAACUUUUACAGUUUUUACAGUUUUUACAACUUUUACAGUUUUUACAACUUUAACAAUUUUCUACAGUUUUUACAGUUUUUACAACUUUUACAAUUUUUACAGUUUUUACAGUUUCUACAGUUUUUACAACUUUUACAGUUUUUACAACUUUUACAAUUUUUACAGUUUUUCCAGUUUUUACAACUUUUACAGUUUUUACAGUUUUUACAACUUUUACAGUUUUUACAACUUUAACAAUUUUCUACAGUUUUUACAACUUUUACAGUUUUUACAGUUUCUACAGUUUUUACAGUUUUUACAACUUUUACAGUUUUUACAGUUUUUACAACUUUUACAGUUUUUACAGUUUUUACAACUUUUACAGUUUUUACAGUUUUUACAACUUUUACAGUUUUUACAGUUUUUACAGUUUCUACAGUUUUUACAGUUUUUACAACUUUUACAGUUUUUACAGUUUUCACACUUGUUGGGACUGAACGUGUUUUUUUAGGACUUAACCUUUAUGGGUUAUUGAUUUAAAUGGUCAGGCGAACACUUAAUUGUUGGAAUGUUCCUUUAAAGAUUGAUUUCGUGGUGUUUCCUGAUCUUUAACUUCACAGUGUGUGUGUGUGUGUGUGUGUGUGUGUGUGUGUGUGUUUGUGUGUGUGUGUGUGUGUGUGUGUGUGUGUGUGUGUGUGUUUUAUUUUAUGAACGUUUCAGUUAAAACUCAUGUUAGCUCUCCUGUGGGUGAGGGGUUAACCAAAGACACACGGACUAUCAGGUAACGGUUACCCCGGGCAACAACUACAAACAUUUAAAGGGGGGAGGGGGUGGGGGGGGCAGCGUUGUCAGAGCCCCUCCCCCGUUAACCUCAUGUCCUAUUAGAAAAGACUGUGGGUGUAAACUCCAACUGUGAGGGUCCCUCCCUAAAUCUAAGUGAAACCACACUGGGGAAUGCACUUACACACGCCAACACACACUCACACAAACACAAUCACUUCUACACACCCAGCCGCAGUCGUGAACGUCCAGUCAGAGCUGCUUCUUCCUGUUUUUCUCUAGUUCCGCCGUCUUCUCUCGUGCCGCGUUCACAGAGUCGGGCCGAGGAGGAAGUCCUGAAAAAAGUUUGACCAGGAAGAGUCGGAGGAGCGGAGGAGGAACCAGCAGGAGAUCAGGGACAGCGAGGGUUGAGACAUUUGCCCUCAGGGUUAUCAGGCAGACAGGAGUAUGGGGGCUGUAGGAGGAGGUGUCGUUGUUGUUGUCUUUGUCGUCGUCGUCGUUGGGGCUGAAGGGAGCGGAGAAAAAGAGGAGGACUGACACACUUCUUUAAGAGUCGACCCCGUACAUAGAACCAGACUAACCAGAUGAGACCUGCUGAUGGAUUUUAGAGGGAAACCCUACCCUGAAGCCGCUCAGACUGCUGCUGACAAAUAGACGUCACACAUACCUUCAGACAAAAAAACCCUCUCUCACACACACACACACACACACAGACACACACACACACACACACACACACACACACACGAGAGAGAGAGGGAACAUGGAAGCACUGAGAGACGCUUUUCUGCAUUUAACCUUUCAGAUGUCAACGUAUAAGAGAGCAACGCUGGACGAGGACGACCUGGUGGACUCAGCCGCUGAUGACAUCUACCCGUCUUCACCUAUGCAGGUAAACAUGACGACACUUUGACGACCCAAACCCCGACCUGUCCGUGUUUUUAUCGGGAAAACACCGACAUAUGUCAGGAUUUCACAAACUAAACUCUCUAAAACAGGUUUUUAUUUAGAUGAAGGUUUUAUUAUCUUUACAGUUUUAUGAUUCAUGAUCACAGAUUGAACUGAUCAGACACCGAUAACUACUUUAAGAAGUGGUCAGCAGUCGUAGCUGAAGCUGAUGUUUCCUGUUGAUCUGCGCUGUGAUUUAACCUUCAGUCCUUUUUUAAAGUACUCUGACUAACAGCCUGUUGAACACAUGAAACUCUGUAACCCGCUUUAAAACUGAAGGCAGAGAGGGAAGAAUUUCUCCAAUCGAGUAAAAAACAUGACAGAUGAGAAAUGUAAAAGAGAAUAAAAGCGUUUAAAAAACAGAAGCUGUUCAAGGAGACGAAACACGAACAGGGUUAAAAGUUUAAAUGAGAGAAAAUCUGUAAAAACUCUGAAAAGUGUCAAAGUUUGAACGAGUUUGAUCCUGCUGACGAAUCUGUGAAUAAUUAUUUUACUGUUAAUGAGACACGAUAAAAAUCCACAAACCAACGUGUGUUUCUGUCGUUUUCAGGAGGUUAUAAAUCUGAAUUUACUCCGAUUAUCAUUUGAGAUGAAGAUGAAUUUGAGUAACAGAGACCUGGAGUCUGUCAGAUUACAGACUAACAGAAUAAAUCCUCCUAAUCCAUUUUACAACAUCGUAUGAAUCACUUAUUAUUGUGAUUGACGAGGAAAUUUAAAUUAAACACAAACUCUGAAUAAAAAUCAACGAUGACAUCUGAGACUCUGGGAUUAGACAGAUUAUGAGGCAGAUUAUGAGGCAGAUUAUGAGGCAGAUUAUUUCAGAGCGGAAAAAAAUUCACGUAUGACCGAAAGAAGCUCCGAGCAGACGGUUAAUUUAGAGUCUCUUUAAUGAUUCUCUUUUUUAAGGAGGAAAUGACGAUAGUUUGAUGUUAUUGAUAAAUGACGAUAGUUUGAUGUUAUUGAUAAAUGACGAUAGUUUGAUAUUAUUGAUAAAUGACGAUAGUUUGAUAUUAUUGAUAAAUGACGAUAGUUUGAUAUUAUUGAUAAAUGACGAUAGUUUGAUAUUAUUGAUAAAUGACGAUAGUUAUCGUAAAGAAGUGAAGCUGUAAAAAAUUUUCAAGAAACUUUUCGAAGAUUCUGAAAAUUCUCCAAAAUGUUGAUAUAAACCGGAGGAGGAAGACGAGUGUCAGGAGGCGGGACAUGACGCUGUACGCCACAGUGUGAAGUUUCUGAUGUUUCUGAUGUUUCUGGUGUUUCUGGUGUUUCUGAUGUUUCUGAUGUUUCUGGUGUUUCUGGUGUUUCUGGUGUGAUGGUGGAUGAGUGGAUGAGUGGAUGAGUGGAUGAGUGGAUGUAUGAUGGCAGGAUGAAUUUUCUUCUCCUGUAACUUUCACUCGGGUCUCAGGUCUGGAGAAAAUCCGGUCUGUUUGCGUUGACGUGUGAAGCCCACCCUCAAAUCGUCCAGUUUUGAUCAUGAGUGAAAAAUAAGUUAAAAACUACAUUUAAAUUUGACUUUUCAACAAAAACGUCGUCCUGGUGAUUCAGAAGGAGGUUUGAGGGCUGAGAAUAAAGUUUUACUGAAGUCAUAAAAACCAAAGUUGGAUCUGAAGUUCGGAGGGUUUCUCAGUCCAAACCAGCGUGACGCCCGAUCUCUGAGGAUUAUGAGGUUAUUGGAUUAACUGUUGAGCUUAUGGCAGUAAAUCUUUAUUCAUUUACACUUCAGGGUCAUCGACUCUCACAGCGAGGUCCAGAGAGCGCCGCCGCAGGGAAACUGACCCGAGUGUUAAACGUGAGAUUUGUGAGCGGCGUUUUGGAUUCCCCGCCGACUUUAACCGAGAAAAAGAGCAGGAGGAGAGUUUGUUCGUUUAAGAUCCAUUAACUGUUAAUUUGUCAUUAAUAAAGAGUUUAAUCUCAUUAAACAAAGUAAGAACUUUCCUCCUGCUGUUAAACUUCCUCUGCUCGACUUUAGAAACGUUUUAUUACAUUAAAUUUUUUUUUCUCGUUCACAUUAAAGCGUCAGAAAAGUUUCAGGAUCAUUUUUUCUUAACAUUGUGUUUUUGUUCCUCCGGAGAGGAGAACUUCCCUUCUGAGCACAUGUUAAAGUAAAGGGCGCGUGAACAAUAGAAGAAUGUGAGAGAGAGGGUUAAAGGCGCCGUAAAUGAGAGGCCAUUGUGUCUGAAACCAAAUAUCUGAGCAGACGCUUCAACACGUUAGAAAAGGUUA